GCGGAAGGUUCGGGGAAGAAGCGCUCAAGUCGCAGGCUGCGCUCUGUAGCGGAGGGGGAAACUGCGGAAAUGCGAGGAGACGUAAUGACGGAGGAAUAUUUCCUGAUAAACAUCAGCUUCCUUCGUAAGAGCGGCGCUGGACGGCGCAGAAACGCGGAUGUAGGCAGUCGAGUGGCUGAGCGUGAGACGCCCGGGGUUCCAGCCUGCCGCUCAACACUCGAUGUGGCGACGACACGAUGAACCCGGAGGAGCAGACAGUAACGUGGCUUAUCUCCUUGGGGGUGCUCAGCUCGCCCAAGAAGAACAUCGCGGACCCCGAGGAGUUCCUCAAAAGCGCUCUCCGGGAUGGAGUGGUGCUCUGCAGGCUCCUGGAGAGACUCCAGCCGGGCUCUGUCCAUAAGUGGUGCGCGGAGCCGCGGAGCGAAGCGGAGUGCGUCGCCAACAUCAGGGAGUUCCUGCGAGGAUGCGCGUCGCUCAAAGUGGAGGGCUUUGAACCAGAAGACUUAUACACUGGUGAGAACUUCAAGCAGGUUCUGUCAACGCUGCUGGCCGUGAAUUUUGCGACUCAAGAUUGUGUCAUCGACAGACCAUGUCCACGGUCCAGCAGCCCUUCAACUAGCCAGACCACCACCUCCUCUUCCUCACACACUUCAUCAAAUUUCAACAAAAACCUGCGAAGACAAUCCAAAAGAACAGAGAUGUCAGAGAACGGCAGCGGAGGACAACUGGUGGUGAAGGCCCGCUUCAACUUCAAGCAAAACAACGAGGAUGAGCUGUCAUUCAGCAAGGGCGAGUUGAUCUGCGUUACUCGGCAGGAGGAGGGUGGCUGGUGGGAGGGCACACUCAACGGCAAGACUGGCUGGUUCCCCAGCAAUUACGUUCGAGAGGUCAAGCAUUCGGAGAAACCAGUGUCACCUAAAACAGCAAGAGGUUUUGACAGUCCUCAGCUAACCAAGAACUACUAUGGUGUGGUGGUGCAAGACAUCCUUGAGCACGAGCGGGAGUUUGUGAAGGACCUGCAGACCUUGUUGGGCUGCUAUCUCCGCCCACUGCAAUCCAGUGACAAAUUGUCCAGUGCGGACAGCGCCAGUCUGCUAGGGAAUCUGGAGGAUGUCUUCACAUUUCAGCAGGGCCUCUGCCUUGCUCUGGAGGAAUGCGCCAAGGUGACCGAGGGCCAACAGCGUCUGGGCGGCUGCUACAUGAACCUCAUGUGUCAGAUCAAGACGCUGUACCUGAACUACUGCAGCAGCCACCCAUCUGCCGUCUGCGUGCUCACCGAUCACAGUGAGGAGCUGGACAGGUUCAUGGAGAGCCAGGGUGCCAGCAGCCCGGGGAUUCUCACCCUGACGAGCAGCCUGAGCAAACCGUUUGUGAGGCUUGACAAAUACCCUGCGCUGCUGCAGGAGCUCGAGAGACACAUGGAGGAGGCUCAUCCAGACUACAGCGAUAUCUUGAAAGCUACGGUGGCCUUCAGGAACCUUGUGGCACAAUGCCAGGAGCUGCGAAAACGAAAGAACUUGGAGCUGCAGAUCCUGUCAGAGCCAGUGCGCGGCUGGGAGGGCGAGAACAUGCGGACUCUGGGCCCCGUGCUCUACAUGUCCCACGUCAGCAUGCAGAGCAGCGCCAGUGAGGACAAAGAGGAGCGCUACUUGAUGCUGUUCCCUAACCUUCUCAUCAUACUGUCUGCAAGCCCACGGAUGAGCGGUUUCAUCUACCAGGGGAGAAUACCACUGACAGGGAUGGCUACGGUGAAACCACUGGAAGACACAGAGAGCGGCCACUACGGCUUUGAGAUAACAGGGGGCAUUGCUGAACGGAUCAUGGUGGUCUGCAGUAGCCAGCAGGAGCACCAGAACUGGUUGGAGCAACUGCUCCCACUGAGCAAAGGAGGUAGCCCAGUGGGAACUGUCAGUAAGGGCUGGGAGGGCCGGUCUGCUCACAGUACCUCCAGCCACCAGACUGCUUCCCUGGGGUUUAGCUCUCCUGUUGCCAGCCGGGGUCCCUUGGAGCCUCCCAAAAUAGCUAAGCCCUGGUCCCUGAGCUGCCUGCGACCUGCACCUCCUCUUAAACCCUCUGCUGCACUGGGUUACAAGGAGAGGAUGUCUUAUAUCAUGAAGGAUUCAGGCCGAAGCCCCAGACCCAUUACUAAGUUCCUCCAGAAGAGGAAAACGGAGAGGAAACCGUCAGAUGAUGAAUUCCUUUUGAGGAAGAGCACGGCCGCUCUGGAAGAAGACGCCCAAAUCCUGAAAGUGAUCGAGGCAUACUGCACAGGGGCCAGCGUGCAGCACUCUGCCGCAGGUGCCCGGAAGGAGUGUAUCCCACAAGUGCUUCUGCCCGAGGAGGAGAAGAUCAUUGUUGAGGAGAUAAGAAGCAAUGGACAGAUGACUGUGGAGGAGAAAAGUCUUGUCGAUGCUGUUUACGCUUUAAAGGAUGAGGUCCACGAAUUAAAGAAGGAGAACAAGCGGAUGAAGCAGUGUCUGGAGGAGGAGCAGAAAUCACGCAAAGAGCUGGAGCGAAUUGUGAGGAAGCUGGCUAAGCAGAGGAAUGACUGCACUUGGGACGAUGGCAAUCAUUGAACAUGUUCACAUCUGUCUGUAUGUCCAUCUGUCUCUGCAUGUUUGCGCGGUUCGUUCCUGAAAACUGCUGGCAGUUUCCACCUAUCAGAAAUACCACCUUCUGAAAGCUGAAGGACCACCAUUACACCCUUUGUUUCUAAUAUAGAAAUUUCCUAUGACCUGUCACCUUCUUUUCGCGUGGCAACGUGACAUAAAUGCUGACGGAAAAAAUGAGAAGUUAUAUAAAGAAUGCGGCCUUUGUUGACAAUUGAGAUUUCGGGAAGCUUGAAGUAGGUAGAGAUUGCUGCCUUGAGUAUUCUGAUAUUUGCCUCCCACUACACUUCCAAAGGUGGCACUUUUCUGCUCAUUCAUGUCAUCCUUUGAAAUCCCUGAGCAUCUCACUUCAUUGCAGAAUGGAGACUGAGGGAUUAUAAGUUAGUUAGUGGGCUGGUUUUUAAUAUUUACGCUGUAAAUUACCUCCUAGGUCAUAAGACUACUCAUUUUUCUGUGCUUUAUUUGUUGAGAAAGUCUUUUUUAACCGCUGACAUUUAAAAAUUUCAGUAUAUACAGAUAAACUAUAUAGACAUUACAGACAUGAAAAAUAAACAAUUUUUGCAUACAGCAUAUUUGUACCCGGAUGACUAAUUGCCCUGUUGGCCAGAAAUUGUUAUUAUACUUGUUUUGUUUAACGGUAGGGGAUGCGGUGGUGUGGCAGGUUUGGCCUGUGCCUGCUCUCUGGUGGGUCUGGGGUUCGAGUCCU